CUCCAGUCCAUAAUGGAACCAUCGCUUCAGCGGUUUAAAAUGCCUUUAAAAAUUAAAAUGCCUCCUGCUUUUCCUUUAAAAUGCCUCCUGCUUUUCUCCGGUUGACAUAUCCGCUUGUUCCCCGCGCUCAAGCGAGAACCGUCUUCUUCAGCAAAAUGUCUAAAGCACCUUCCAACACUAGCCCAGAUUCUCGGAGAAAUCAUAGUGGGGAUACUGCACUGGAUGCUCGGGUAUAUAUCAGGAGAAAAAAAGCCAGGAAAGCAGUGGAAGUUUCUGCCGAAGUUCCUGAGAAAGAAUCUUCUGAUAAAAAAGUUAUUGUGCUUCCUGAUAUCGAGGAUUUUUCUUAUACAAGUGAGAACGUCCAUGUUCAGUCACGCAGUCCUUUACAUCAAUUACCUCUCUCAAGUGAACACAUGAUUCGGAAGGAAGUUCUGUCCUCAAUAAACCAAACAGUGCAACCACCUUCCAACUGGGAAAAAGUCCUUGAAGGAAUCCGCAAAAUGAGAUCUUUAGAAAAUGCUCCUGUGGACUCCAUGGGGUGUGAGAAAGCUGGGAGUUCUCUUCCUCCUAAGGAAAGAAGAUUUGCUGUCCUUGCAUCGUCACUUUUGUCCAGCCAAACCAAAGACAACAUUACCCAUGGAGCUAUCCAGCGUCUUCUUCAAAAUUGUUUGCUUACUGCAGAUGCUAUAGACAAAGCUGAUGAGGCCACCAUCAAAAGCCUUAUAUACCCCGUUGGUUUUUAUACGAGAAAGGCUAGCACCUUGAAGAAAAUUGCUAAAAUUUGCCUCUCAAAAUACGAUGGAGACAUCCCCACAACGUUGGAUGAGUUGAUUCUACUGCCAGGGAUUGGUCCUAAGAUGGCUCAUCUUGUUAUGAAUGUCGGAUGGAAUAAUGUUCAAGGGAUAUGUGUAGAUACUCAUGUACACCGUAUAUGUAAUCGCCUAGGAUGGGUGUCACGCACAGGGACAAAACAGGUAACAUUUUUGUCUGCCUUGAUAUUGUGUUUCAGGAAUGAUCUUUAAUAUAAAAUGUUCUGAAAAAGUGAAAGCCAUCCAAGAACUUUCUUGCACCUGGAUAAAAAGUUCUAGCUUGUAGCAUUAACACAUUCCACCACGCACUAAAUAGUGAAAUUAUACUGUAUAGAGGCAGUGGGACACACAAAAUAAAGAAGUGUAACCUGAUAUUCCAUAUGGACAAUAGUUGAUCGGGCUAAAGUCACAAGUGUAAGACUUUCAAAGUACCAAUUAAUAAAAGGCAUUUACCGGCGGGUCUAUCCAUAAGAAAACUCAUAUGUAGAUAAAACUCACUCUCACUGCCGUAACAAGAGUCGAGAAUAUUUUGGCAUUAUUUUUUACUCAUAAAAAUGAUAAAAGCCCGUGACUAUGUACAUUCAGUAGAAAUCUCAAUGCCUUGUUCAUUUUAUUCAUAUACAGAUAAAUUUAAAAACUCCGCCAUGAGAUCAUUUUUUUUGGUAUCAUGUUUGUCCCAAUCCAGUAUUAUUUAGUCACAUCACAUGACAUGAAUCGAAAUAUGAAUUUUUUAUGGUGAUAUCAUGUAUCGAUUCAUGUUAGCCGACCCCAAUAUCUUUUGGGACUAAGGCUUGGAUGUUGUUGUUGUUGUUGUACAGAUAAAUUUAAAAAGAGACCUCUUGUUUUUAUAUCAACUUUAUAAAUUAUUCUUAAACUCUAACUUUACAAAACAAUGGUUUCCUUGGGAUCGACACAGUAUUUACCGGUUACUAUAUCACCUUGUACCGAGUUUAGCACUUUAGCCUGAUCGACUAUCUUGAAACAAGUUCUUUUUAUACAAUUUCUCACUGACUGCUAUGUGACAAUACAAGAUCAUCUGCUACUAAUGUGGUCAAGUAACACAAAAAGAGAAUAACAAUCAGGCUAGUGCGCCGCACCCGUUGUCAGUCAUAAAGUUUGUCGUUGAUAAUGCAAUUUUAUAGGCGAAUAUCUAAGCAUAUAACUUUACCACAACUAAGUAUAUUUAAAUGGCAAUAAGAUUUUGUGAAAAUGGAAACUAAUAAUCCAACCUUUUAGCGGUUUUCUUUCAAUAAUCCCAUCUUUUGAUUAUUCAUGAAUAACCAAAAUGUUGGAUUAUUGUAAGAAGACCGUUAAAAGGUUGGAUUAUUAGUUUCUAUUUUCCCAAAGAUUUUUACUUUUUGUAAUGUAGAAAACUAGGACUCCCGAGGAGACUAGGAAGUCCCUGCAGCUAUGGCUUCCCAAGGAAGAAUGGGAUCCAAUCAAUCCUCUUUUGGUGGGAUUUGGGCAGACUGUAUGUACACCUUUGAGGCCCCGCUGUGGAAUAUGCACCAUUAGUGACAUGUGUCCUGCUUUCAAAGAGACACAGGCCCUUUCACCCUCUUCCCGGAGGAAGAGGUCAUAAGACAUGUACAAAUUCUUGCUGGAGAGCUAUGUUUUCAGGCUUCCUUGUGCUGUCAGCAUUUUGGCAUUCCAAGAUGCCCUUUUGGGUGAUGUGUUUUUUUGUAUGUACACAAUAUAUCGCUAGCCUUUUUGUCCAGGCCGCAAAAACACUAAAUUGGACGCAAGGGUGAUAUCUAGAAUCUCAGAGUCGCAUUUGGCAUUGAUGAAUUGCAUGUGAUUAUGUGAUGAACAGUUUGAUAAUUUUGUUGGAAUAUUGAUGGCUUGAUGUAUUAAAAAAAUAUAGUAUGCUUGGUGUUAGAGUUUAUGAUUUAUAUUUAUUUAUAUUUAUUAUAGGAUGUGUCAGCCCCUGCGACAGCAUGAUGUACUUGAAAGUGAAAACAUGCAAGUGACAAUUUUAGUAAUGCCGUAAAAUAGUU